AUGAAUCCAGCUCCCCCCAAACCCGUCACCAGCAUCCUAGGCGCCAUUGGAAACACUCCAAUAGUGCGCCUGAACCAUGUCGUGCCAAAGGAUGCCGCAGAGGUGUAUGUCAAGUUGGAAUUCUUCGGCCCCACAGGAUGCUACAAAGACCGCAUGGCUCUCUCGAUGGUAGAAGAGGCAGAACGACGCGGAGAUUUGAAACCCGGUAUGACGGUUGUUGAAGCCACCGGCGGCAGCACAGGAUCGUCGUUGGCUUUUGUCUGCGCUGCCAAGGGUUAUCGGUUUCUAGUUGUGUCUUCAAACGCCUUUUCAAUGGAAAAGCUACGCACGAUGACUACAUUUGGAGCUGAUCUUGAGAUUGUGCAUAGCCCUACGGGAAAAGUCACCCCCGACCUGAUCCCGAGGAUGAUGGAUCGUGCAAAGGAGCUCAGCAAAGACAAAGACUGCUACUACACUGAUCAAUUCCACAAUACUGACGCUUUGGUUGGUUAUGGAAAGAUUGGAAAGGAGCUGGUCGAACAAAUUAGCGACGGUAUUGACGGCUUCUGCGGUGCUGUCGGCACUGCAGGCAUGUUCACUGGUGUAGCCAGCUCCCUGAGGUCGAAAUAUCCUUCUGCGAAGACAGUAGUGCUAGAACCUGCAGAAUCACCGAUCAUCACGAAAGGUGAAAAGGGAAGCCAUAGCGUUGAGGGCAUUGGCUGUGGCAUUAUUCCGCCGCAUCUCGAUCAAUCGAUGUACGACGAGGCUCGAGCCAUCCCCGAGGCAGAAGCCCGGGCUAUGUGUCGCCGUCUUGCAAAGGAAGAAGGGCUGCUCGUUGGAACAUCAUCUGGCUUGAAUAUUGCUGCUGCUAUAGAGCUGGCUAAAGAGCUGGGACCUGGGAAGAAGGUGGUCACAGUGGCAGUCGAUACUGGUCUCAAGUAUCUCAAUGGCACGCUCUUCGCAGACGCGUAA